AUGAGUGGGAGAUAUGAUGGUGUGAGGGCUGGUGAGAAUGUAGCCAGGCCCAGUGUGAGGUCGCACGGUCUUUGGGUUAGCCGGCGUGUUGACAGACCCCGUACGUGGCCGGGUGCGUCCCGACGUAUGAGUGGGAGAUAUGAUGGUAGAGGGCUGCGGCGUGUUGGACAGAACCCCGUACGUGGACGGGUGCGUCCCGACGCCCAGUGUGAGGUCGCACGCGUCUUUGGGUUAGCCGGCGUGUUGACAGACCCCGUACGUGGCCGGCCAGGCCCAGUUGAGGUCGCACGCGUCUUUGGGUUAGCCGGCGUGUUGACAACCCCGUACGUGGCCGGGUGCGUCCCGACGUAUGAUGGGAGAUAUGAUGGUGUGAGGGCUGGUGAGAGUAGCCAGGCCCAGUGUGAGGUCGCACGCGUCUUUGGGUUAGCCGGCGUGUUGACAACCCCGUACGUGGCCGGGUGCGUCCCGACGUAA